UUCUGCACAAUAUUACAUAUUGUGCACUCCCUUAAUGAUAAUAAUAAUAAUUAUAUUAAUAUUUUUGUUACUUUAUAAUAGUUACAAACGUUUUGUAUGGAGUGUACUGCGGUUGUUAUUGCCAGGACUUGUAUACUUAACUAACUUAAAUAUUCUUACAAUUUAUUUAUAAUAUUUUUUAAUUCGUUCCCAUACCUCUGAGUUUUGUUGUGUGUGCAUCAACCGUAUAUCCGCAGCAUUGCGGAACGAUGUUUCACUCUUUUCCAGUGCAUAUACAUUUUCACCGCCCGUUUAAUCACGGCGCGCUAAUCAUCCGUGUGAAUUCCUUGCGCAUCUUUUUCCCACGUUGCGCGACACGCAUUCACACGUUAUCCGCAGGAACGCAGCGGGCUUACACUGUGGGAGGACUGUGGCGCAGUAUUCGGCGGGUGAUCGUACGGAAUGGCGACAUCAGGACUGCUCCGUCAGCCCGCUUCCUGGAGAUCAGCGCGGGAAUCCCCGUACUGUUUCUGCUUCGCGCGAAGCAGGCUGUGUGUCAGAACCUUAAAGCGCGGACCAAGAAUCGCGUGCAAGCCUUUAAGGACGCCCGGCAGCAGAUUACGAAGCACGCAGAGCCGGAGUUCGACUGGAAAAUGUUUUUCCGUUUUCUGCAACCCGAUCUGCUCAUCCUUCUGGGUGCCAUUGUUUGCUCGGUGUGUUUGGCGCUGAUCAACACGGAGAUUCCGCUUCUUUUAGGGAAACUGGUUAAUGUGGUUGCGCAAGUUGUACCCAACAAGCAAACGGACUACUUUAGCCUGGUUAAAGAUCCAGUGACGAAAUUGUGUCUAAUAUACUUCCUACACGCAGGUCUCACGUUUGUGAAUAUUUCCCUGCUGGCUGCUGCCGGCGAGCGUUUAGCAGCUCGUUUGCGGUUGGCAUUAUUCGCUGGUCUCAUCAAGCAGGACAUCGCUUUCUUCGAUGCCCACAAAACAGGAGAACUAGUCAGCCGGCUGGCCAUUGAUGUGCAGGAUUUUAAAAGCAAUUUCAAGCACUGUUUUGUUAAUGGAUUUCGUACACUUGUUCAGACGAUUGGUUGCGGAAUUUCGUUGUACUGGAUUUCGCCCAACAUGACGCUCAUGCUGAUGCUGGGUUUGCCGUCGAUGGCUGGAAUAGGUGCAUUGUUGGCGUCCAAGUUGCGUCAACUGUCUCGCAAAGCUCAAGCUCAGGUCGCACAUGCCACGGAUGUGGCCGAUGAAGCAAUCAGCAAUAUUCGAACCGUGCGGAGUUUUGCCGCCGAAGACACGGAAAUGCAUUUGUACCAUGACGAAGUGAAACGCUCGCAAUAUCUAAACCAAUAUCUCGGAAUGGGCAUUGGGUUAUUUCAAGGACUGUCCAAUCUAGCGUUCAAUGCUGCAGUCCUGGGUGUUAUUUAUUUUGGUGGGAAUCUGAUGGCCGAAAACAAAAUGCAAGCCGGAGAUUUGAUGUCUUUCCUCGUUACAUCACAAACUAUUCAAAAAUCGUUGGCAACAUUUUCCAUGCUGUUUGGACAAGCGGUUGCGGGAAUGGCUGCCGGGGCACGCGUUUUCGAAUUCAUCAAGCUUGAGCCUCUCAUGGAACACCAGGGAGGGAAGCGAAUACCCUAUCAUUCCUUAGACGGCACUGUCAGUUUUCACGGAGUCAGUUUUGCUUAUCCCACCCGACCGGACCAUCCGGUGUUGAAGAGUCUGAAUCUACGGAUUCCCGCUGGAAAAGUUGUAGCGCUGUGCGGACCUAGCGGAUCAGGUAAAUCAACUGUAGCAGCCUUAUUGGAGCGAUUUUAUGACCCGGUAUACGGCAAGAUUACACUGGAUGAAACAGACAUUCGCCUUCUUGAUCCAUCGUGGUUACGGGGCCGUGUUAUCGGUUACAUCAGUCAGGAACCAACGUUGUUCGCCACCAGUAUUAUUGAGAAUAUUCGUUAUGGCCGACCUGAUGCCACUGAUGCUGAGGUUUACGAAGCCAGCAAAGCAGCAAAUGCUGAUGGCUUUAUCACAAAGUUUCCGAAAGGUUACCAAACCAUUUUAGGGGAAAGAGGUGUUACUGUUUCUGGGGGACAGAAGCAGAGGAUUGCGAUAGCCCGGGCUUUAUUGAAAAAUCCGUCUAUAUUGAUUCUGGAUGAAGCUACCAGUGCUCUUGAUUCGGAAUCCGAAAAGCUCGUACAAGAAGCCUUGGACAGAGCAGUUAAAGGUCGGACAGUUUUGGUCAUCGCUCACCGUUUGAGCACGAUCCAGAACGCCGAUGCCAUUGCGUUGAUCGUCAAUGGACAAAUCGCGGAAUUGGGCGAUCAUCGCAGUUUGAUGAAGAAAAAAGGAUUGUACUGGCAGUUUGUGCAACAUCAGUCCACAUCAGAAACCGGUGACAACAGUGAUCGAAAUAAUGGCUAGUGCUUAGCGGAAGUGAACUUUUAUGGUUUCCUACGGCAGUUUUGGUUUGGCGGAGAAUGUGAUUUGGUGCUUCUUUAAUCUGCAAAUCCAGUUUGAAUGGAGACUCUCAGUUUGCGGUUACUCGUUCCUGGUUUUCGUGCACUAUUUCAUAUUAUUGUGUGAUUUAAACUGUCCGCGGUAUACUCAUUCCCGGACAGUUAACUGUUAGUUGCCUGGGAUUCAGUAGUGUGUCUUAAUUGAUGUACGAGCACUGUACCCGUGACGCAGAAACGACAGAAUAUCGAAGGCGAUAGUAAUAAACUGGUGGUCAAUUU